AUGCACGCCCUGUCGGAGAGGCUGUCGGAGAGGGAGACCCUAGUGUACGCCGAGCUCCUGGAGGUGCUGGGCGAGCGCCCCUUCGGCAUCUCUGACCAGUACCGGCAGUUCGUGACUGCGUCGGGUAACCCGUUUACGGCGGGCAUGACCGACGGCGGCGAGGGGGCAGGAGAGAGCACGCCGCCCCCGAGGAGGGCAGCGCCUCCGGCCCCCCCGGGGCCGCCCCUGCGGGCGCGCCGCGGGCGGCGGCCGCCUAGCCUCGCCGCGUGCCGAGCGGCACCGUCUGCUCGGGGGCCUGGGCCCCCCGCUGCCCUGGCCUGCUCCUCCCCCCUCGUCCUCCUCGUCGGCUCUCCCACUCUGCCUUCCCAAUUUGCCGAAGCCCUGAUCGAGUCCUUCAGAGAAUUGCUUGUUCCACUGGCCAGAUGCCGGUGGCCCAACUCACGCUGCGAGUCCGCACAACCUGCUCUCUGA